AGAAACAAUCAGAUGAUGAUAGUCGUUAAGAAAAUAACACUUUUAGUUUUCAUAAUUAUUUAUCUAGUUUUCAUAUUUAACUUGCAAAUAUAUCUGUGAACAUAGUUUUUCAAAUUAAGAAAAAAAUAAUCCAAACCGUGUUUUCAUUUCACCUUUUUAAUUAUUAAAUUUAAAACUACAUUUCAUAAAGCAUAGUCAAACCGAUGUUUGAUAGUUCGUAGAUACACAACUCUCUCCUCUCCUUAAUUGUCUCCAGUAUUUUACGUCAUUCUUCCACUCCCACAAAUGUCUCCCUUCCAUAACUUCAAACACACGUAACCAAAAAAUGAGCAACCUCCACCUCCACACCUCCGCACGCUUCCGCAAUUUCCCGACGGCUUUCUCCCGUCGCCACCAUAACAACAACGACCUCCAAAACCAACGCGGCCGAUCCGUUUUCUCCGAGCUAGGUGACACAACCCUCGACCCAAGCGGUGACCUAAUCACGAGAUGGAACCACAUCUUCCUUAUAACCUGCCUCCUCGCGCUCUUCCUCGACCCUCUCUACUUUUAUCUCCCUAUUGUCCAAGCCGGAACGGCCUGUAUGUCCAUCGACAUCGGUUUCGGCAUCCUCGUCACCUUCUUCCGUACCCUAGCCGAUUUCUCCUUCCUCAUUCACAUUCUCCUCAAAUUUAAAACUGCUUUUGUCUCCAAAUCGUCUAGAGUCUUUGGUCGCGGCGAGCUUGUCAUUGACCGCCGUGAAAUCGCCAUCCGUUACCUUAAAUCUGAGUUCAUUAUUGACCUCGCUGCCACGCUUCCUCUUCCUCAGAUAAUGAUUUGGUUUGUGAUCCCAAAUGCGGGAGAAUUCAGAUACGCAGCACAUCAGAACCACACACUUUCCUUGGUCGUCCUGAUACAGUACGUGCCUCGCAUCCUCGUCAUGCUUCCACUAAACCGUAGGAUCAUUAAAGCCACUGGAGUUGCAGCCAAAACAGCCUGGUCCGGUGCAGCCUACAAUCUCGUGCUCUACUUACUUGUGAGCCACGUUCUUGGUUCGGUUUGGUACGUUUUAUCGAUCCAGAGACAGCACGAAUGCUGGAGAAGAGAAUGCAUUAAGGAGAUGAACGCAACGCAUUCACCGUCUUGUAAUCUCUUGUUUCUAGACUGUGGAUCGUUGCGGGAUCCAGGCAGACAAGCUUGGAUGCGCAUCACUCGGGUUCUCUCUAACUGCGAUGCACGUAAUGAUGAUGACCAACAUUUUCAGUUUGGUAUGUUUGGUGAUGCCUUCACUAAUGAUGUCACUUCUUCUCCUUUCUUUGAUAAAUACUUCUACUGUCUUUGGUGGGGUCUCCGAAAUCUCAGUUCUUAUGGACAGAGUCUUGCAGCUAGUACAUUGAGUAGUGAGACUUUAUUCAGUUGUUUCAUCUGUGUUGCUGGCCUUGUUUUCUUCUCUCAUCUCAUUGGCAAUGUUCAGAACUAUCUGCAAUCGACAACGGCUAGGUUAGAUGAAUGGAGAGUGAGAAGAAGAGAUACAGAGGAAUGGAUGCGACACAGGCAAUUGCCACAGGAGUUACAAGAGCGUGUGAGGCGGUUCGUCCAAUACAAAUGGUUAACCACUCGUGGAGUCGAUGAAGAAGCCAUCCUCCGUGCUCUACCAUUGGAUCUUCGUAGACAGAUCCAACGUCAUCUCUGUCUCGCUCUAGUUCGCCGUGUGCCAUUCUUUGCACAGAUGGACGACCAGCUCAUAGACGCAAUAUGCGAGCGUUUAGUUCCAUCGUUGAACACGAAAGAUACAUACGUGACACGGGAAGGCGAUCCUGUAAACGAGAUGCUUUUCAUAAUUAGAGGUCAGAUGGAAAGUUCGACUACAGAUGGUGGACGGUCAGGAUUCUUUAACUCAAUCACGCUCAGACCAGGAGAUUUCUGUGGUGAAGAGCUCUUAACUUGGGCUUUAAUGCCAAACAUUAACCAGAAUCUCCCCUUGUCCACGAGAACCGUGAGAACUCUCUCUGAAGUAGAAGCUUUCGCUCUCAGAGCAGAGGACUUAAAGUUUGUAGCUAACCAAUUCAGACGCCUCCACAGCAAGAAACUCCAACAUGCUUUCAGAUACUAUUCGCAUCAGUGGAGAGCUUGGGGAACUGGUUUUAUACAAGCUGCAUGGAGACGAUACAUGAAGAGGAAGUUAGCUAUGGAGUUAGCUAGGCAAGAGGAAGGAGACGAUUACUAUUAUGAUGAUGAUGAUGAUGAUCAAUACGGAGGAGAGGACAUGCCUGAAAGUAGCAACAACGUAGACGACAACAGCAGCAACAAUCAGAAUUUGAGUGCGACGAUAUUAGCGUCUAAGUUUGCAGCUAAUACGAAGAGAGGUGUUUUAGGGAACCAAAGAGGGUCUUCCAGAAUUGAUCCUGAUGAUCCAACUUUGAAGAUGCCUAAAAUGUUUAAACCAGAGGAUCCAGGAUUCUUCUGAAUUUUUUUUUUUUUUUCUUUUGUGAAAAAAAUGAAUUUAGGAUAUUUUCAGAGACUGACUUGAUUUGCUGUAAGCAACAAUUUAAUCAGACAUAUAAAUAAACA